AUGGAUGGUUCUAUGGGAAUCUUGACAUUCCAAGAUGUGGCAAUUGAUUUCUCUCCAGAUGAGUGGAACUGCCUCAACUUUGCACAGAGGGCUUUGUACAGGGAAGUCAUGUUGGAGAACUACAGUAACAUGGUCUCUGUGGGUCUCUUCCAAUAUGCAGGUCUUUCAGUUUCAAAACCAGACCUGAUCAGCCUUCUUGAACAAAGCAAAGAGGCCUGGAAUGUGAACGUAAGAGAGACAGAAAGCAUUGAACAAGUUUUAUAUUCUCAUCAAACACAAGACUUAUUUACACAGGAGAAUAGACAAGAUUGUAUGCUGAAGUUGGUAUCAGGAAUAGCUCAUGACCACAAACAAGGGAGGCAUUAUAUAAACAAUCCAAAUGAAGAAAGACAAAACAAUUAUAUAAAAUGUGGAAAGUGCUUCAGCAGAUAUGAAUGCCCCACUAUCCAUAAGAGAAUUAAUUCCAAAGAGAAGGCAUACAAAUGUAAAGAUUGUGGCAAGUCAUUUAUCCAUCAUGCAAAUUUUAAAGCUCACCAGAGAAUCCAUACUGGUGAGAAACCUUACAGGUGUGAAGAAUGUGGCAAGUCCUUUACCUGUGCAUCAACUCUUCAAAACCAUCACAGAAUCCAUACUGGUGAGAAACCUUACAGAUGUAAAGAAUGUGGCAAGUCCUUUACCCGUGCAUCAGCUCUUCACAUUCAUCACAGAAUCCAUACUGGUGAGAAACCUUACAGGUGUCAAGAAUGUGGAAAGUUCUUUACCCGUGCAUCAGCUCUUCGCAUUCAUCACAGAAUCCAUACUGGUGAGAAACCUUAUAGAUGUCAAGAAUGUGGAAUGUCCUUUACUCAUGUCUCAAAUCUUCAUACUCACCACAGAAUCCAUACUGGUGAGAAACCUUACAAGUGUGAAGAAUGUGGCAAGUCCUUUACCCGGGACUCAUAUCUUCAGACUCAUCACAGAACCCAUACUGGUGAGAAACCUUAUAGAUGUCAAGAAUGUGGGAAGUCCUUUACUCAUUUCUCAAAUCUUCAUACUCACCACAGAAUCCAUACUGGUGAGAAACCUUACAGAUGUCAAGAAUGUGGCAAGUCCUUUAGCCAGAGCACAACUCUUCACACUCACCACAGACUCCAUACUGGUGAGAAACCUUACAAAUGUAAAGAAUGUGGCAAGUCCUUUCAUACAAAUUCAAAUCUUAGAAAGCAUCACAAAAUACAUGUAAUGGGUACAUUUCAUGAAAUUUCUUAG